AAUGACUUCACUGCAUACAAAAGCAAAAGUGCGGGAUGGCAAGAAGAAUAAUAUUAGUGCUAACAAGCUAGUUCAUGAGGGUAAUUUAGACUCAGGAUUAAAUAAUAACGAAAACCAAGAAUAUGGACAAUUUUCAAUUUCUGCUCAUUCUUCAGACCCUGAUAAUAUUUUAAACCCGAAGGAACUUUUUGGAUUAAAUCAAGGAAUUGAGGAUGAACAGGCAGACGAAGACCAGUGCUCUGUAAAUGCUGAGGAAAGCAAGUCAGAAUCUCCCCAUAGCCACCUCGGUGAUAUUCUAGGGAAUACACUACUGGAUUUGCCCAACCAGAAGCAUAAUUAUUGCCAAUAUAACCCGAUUUUUAAGAAGCAAAAGAAUGGAAAACCAAAUAAGAAGAGAAAAGGAAAUUCUCCUAAAAUUUCAACAAAGAAAAAGAGGAUGCAGAACUUGAAAGAUAAGAUAAUGAAACUUAGCAAGGUUAAGGAUGUCCCAGUACAGAAGAUAAUGCCAGCAUUUUUGGACUUCAUGUCAACUGUGCUGUGGAAGCUGGAGCAAAAUCCUGAUCUGUAUAAUCAACUUUUUGAUAAAUAAGGAACUUGGGGUGAUAUGUCAAAGUGAUCCCGAGGAAAAUAAAGAUGAUGAAGAUCCACAGCUUUCUGAUGAUAACCAGGAGGAUUGUGAUAGCGAGUCUGUAGAAGACAUGUCUAAUAAGUUUCAACACUCAAACGUGAAGUAUUUUGAAAAAUUACGAAAUAAGUCAAUCUCGGCUCGUGAAUCUCAAAAAGAAGAAAAGCUUAGUUUUAAGGGCAAACUUGGAAAUUCUUCAAAAUGUGGAGAAAGUGUUGUGAAUAUCCCUAUUGAUGCUGCCCAAGCUCUCAAAGAUGGGCACCCAACCAAAUGUAAUAAAUCCAUUGCUGAUAACAAGUCUUUCUCGUUUAAGAACCUUAGCAAUAAGAACAAAGUGAAGAACGAUGAAAAAGAUACUAUUAAAGAUGCAUUAGAUUCGAAAAAUUCAAGUCAGAAAUUAGACAUAAAAAUUCAUGAACCAAUGCAGGAGCAAAUUCCCGAAGAGUAUAACUAUUCUAAACUAGGCUUCUCAAGUAUGAAUCUGGGGAUUGAUAACCGGCAGGAGGAGAAAGAGGCUGAAAAUGAUAAAAGUCUUGCAUCUUUUGGUCAGAAGAUCGGAAACAAGUCACGACCAAAAAGUCCCUCAAAUAACUUGUUGUUCCCAGACUCAAAAUCAAGAGGAUUUCGACAAGCUUUUGACGAUUGCCAAAACAAUCUUGAUGACAACUCGAAUAACUUUGAGCACAAGUUUUUGUUUGGCAACGAGUCUCGCAGGGUUAAUGAAGAGAACUCGAUGAGCAUGAUGUUUAAGAACCAGCAUUCGAAUCAUUAUCUGGCAUAUCACGGAACUCCGAAUAAAGCUGAAAUCUCACAACAGAAUAUGUUCGAUCAUGGUGAAAAUAGUAAUAUCAGUGCAAUUUUUCCGAGUGUUGACCAUAAUGACGAAACUAACAAGAGGUUAACAUAUAAGGAGAUCAUCAACGAGAACAGCCAGUUUGGCAUGAACUUGCUUCAACAGCAUAAUGAAGGAAUUGAAGAACAAGAAUCGGUGAAGCAAAAUGAUGAAAUUGAAGAGGCACAUCAAAAUUUUCAGCAUUUUUCGAGAUCAUUUUUGCACCAGGAUAAUUUAAUCAAUAACGAAACUGUUCCAGAACCUGAUCGAAAGAUGACUGAAGACAUCCGUGGACCUAAUAAUGACUCAAUGAAGGAGGAAUGUAGCUUACCUCAUCCCAAUAUUUUCUUUAAUCUCAAAAAUGGAAAAAAUAAAAUCGAUUUAAAACCACGAAAAGAGACCGGCCAAAAAUCAAUAAACAGGCAAAAGAAGCGAAAUAAGAAAGGAUCAAGAAAGCGGAAAGACAAAGCUGAGAAUAGGUGAGGGAUGGGGUCAAUGCUCUUGUUCAAUGACCUUGGGAUGGGAUGAUUCCCCAUGCCUAUCAACAAUCCAAUGUUCACUCAAAAUAACUCUGCAAUGGUGAAUCCCUAUUUCCACUUAUUAGCAGAUAUGUCACGGAAAAAGAAGAGCAAGAUGACACACUAA